AUGACAGAAAUAGCGAAUGGUCAGCAGAUUUUACCUCCGGACUAUACAUUGAAAGAGCCUGAACCAGAACACUGUCCUGGCCCAGAAUCUGAGAAUGCCGGUAAAGGUGAUUCUUGUCAAGGAUGUGCGAACAAAGAAGUUUGUGAGAGUCUACCGAAGGGUCCAGAUCCCGAUCUUCCAUUGAUCAAGGAGAAUUUGGCUAAUAUUAAACAUAAGAUCUUGAUUCUCUCUGGUAAAGGUGGUGUAGGAAAAUCUACUUUCACCACUAUGUUGAGUUGGGCAUUGUCGGCAGACGAGGAUUUACAGGUUGGAGCUAUGGACCUCGAUAUUUGUGGACCCUCGUUGCCACAUAUGUUGGGAUGCGUUAGAGAAACAAUCCAUGAAUCGAACACAGGUUGGACUCCCGUUUACGUAACGGAUAAUUUGGCGACAAUGUCUAUUCAAUAUAUGUUGCCAGAUACGGAUUCAGCAAUUAUAUGGAGAGGCUCGAAGAAAAACGCUUUGAUAAAGAAGUUCUUGAAGGAUGUGGAUUGGGACUACUUGGAUUAUUUACUUAUAGAUACUCCUCCAGGUACUUCAGAUGAACAUAUUUCAAUCAAUAACUAUUUAAAGGAGAGUCAGAUUGAUGGGGCACUAAUAGUUACCACGCCUCAGGAGGUUGCGCUAUUGGACGUACGGAAAGAAAUAAAUUUUUGCCGUAAAGCUGGCAUCAACAUACUUGGUCUUGUGGAAAAUAUGAGCGGAUUUGUAUGUCCAAAUUGCAAAGGAGAAUCUAAAAUCUUUAAAGCGACCACUGGUGGUGGUAAAGCACUUUGUAAUGAAUUAGGAAUAGACUUCUUGGGAUCAGUACCAUUGGAUCCAAGAAUAGGUAGAUGUUGCGAAACAGGAGAAAGUUUCUUGGAUGAAUUUCCAGAUAGCCCUGCUUCGACCGCGAUACUCGAGGUCAUUGAAUCGUUACGCGACGCGGUAGGCGAUGUCUAA